AUGGCGGGCGCAGGGCCACCAAGCGGGGUUCCUGGGGGGCCGGGUCCCGGCGAGUCCGAGGAGGCCGGUGGCUGGCGCUGCCCCGAACACAGCGACCGCGUGGUCGAGCUUUUCUGUCGCCGUUGCCGCCUCUGCGUGUGCGCGCUUUGCCCGGUGCUGGGCACGCACCGUGGCCACCCGAUCGGCCUGGCGCUGGAGGAGGCGGUGCAUGUGCAGAGACUUGCCAGAGAAUGUUUAAAGCAGUUGGCAACCAAGAAGGAGCAGGAAGUUGGCAACAUAACUCAGAUAGAAGACACUGCAGAGAAGCUCAAGGCUCAUGCAGAGUCAAGUAAAACUUGGUUGGCAGGGAAAUUCACUGAACUCAGAUUGCUACUUGAUGAAGAGGAAGCGUUGGCCAAGAAAUUCAUUGAUAAAAACAUGCAGCUUGCCCUCCAGGGGUACAGGGAGCAAGCUGAGUCUUGUGGAGCUCAAAUUGACAUCAUAAAUGAUCUGUCCAACAGGGUCUGGAGAAUCACUCAGGAACCCAAUCCUGUACUGCGGCUGCAGGCGUACACAGCCACUGAGCAGGAGAUGCAGCAGCAGAUGUGCCUCGGGGAGCUGUGCCACCCCAUGCCCCUCUCCUUCGAGCCUGUCAAGAGCUUCUUUAAAGGCCUCCUGGAAGCCAUGCAGAGUACAGUACAGACACCACUGGACGUUCGCCUUAAAGAAAACAUGAACUGCCAGCUGUCGGGCUUCAGCACCAACCCAGGUGCCCUGUUGAAAAUCAGCCCCUCACCAGAGCGAUCACUCUUCUUAAAACACGCGCGCACGCCCACGCUGGAGCCGGACACGAUGCACGGGCGCCUGCGCCUCUCCGCCGACCGCCUGACCGUGCGCUGCGCCCUCCUGGGCCGCUUGGGCCCGGCGCCCGAGCUGCGGUUCGAUGCGCUGUUACAGGUGCUGGCCCGCGACUGCUUCGCCGCCGGCCGCCACUAUUGGGAAGUGGACGUGCAGGAGGCGGGCGCCGGCUGGUGGGUGGGCGCGGCCUAUGCCUCCCUGCGGCGCCGCGGGUCCUCCGCCGCCGCCCGCCUGGGCUGCAACCGCCAGUCCUGGUGCCUCAAGCGGUACGACCUCGAGUACUGGGCCUUCCACGACGGCCAGCGCAGCCGCCUGCACCCCCGCGACGAUCCCGACCGGCUCGGCGUCUUCCUGGACUACGAGGCCGGCAUCCUCUCCUUCUACGACGUGACGGGUGGCAUGAGCCACCUGCACACCUUCCGUGCCACCUUCCAAGAGCCAUUGUACCCGGCCCUGCGACUCUGGGAAGGCGCCAUCAGCAUCACUCGCCUGCCCUAAAGGCCAAGGCCGAGGCGACCACCCCAGCCUUCUCCUCUCACCUGGACUUACAUCAAGCAGAGUGGUCAGUCUACUGACUGCCUGUUUACUAAAUCACUCUCUUUCCCAUCAGUCAUGCAUCAGUCAUGCACAGUGCUUUGACCGGCUUGGUUUCCCAGGUUACUUUCAAACAUGUCCUAAAGAUAGGCCGCCUCCUGCUGCUGCUGCUGCUUCCCCCCCACCCCCACCCCGCACCACAUUGACACCUUCAUGGUCACUAACACUACAGUCCAGGGGCCCGAAGUAACACACCCACAAGUGAGCCCUAAGCAUCCAGGCCUUGUCUGUUGCAGUUUGGCCGGGGCCGGGUUUGAUCCCGCCACCCUCUGUAUAUGGGGCAAGCGUCUUACUCACUGAGCCAUGGGUGCCGCCCCUCCAGACCUUGUCUUAAUACAAUCAGCCAGAGAACCUUCUCCACCUAAUCGCACGUGAACCUGGCACAAAGUUAAGUAUAAAGUAAAUAUCUGUGAAUGACUGAUAGCCCAGCCCUGGCUUUUCUAUCCCUUUAGGUCCCUUGGAUCUGCCUCCUCUCCACCUUCAACUUGUCCAUAUCACCUCUGUCCAGAGCAGCUUCAACAGCUUCUUCCUGGUCUGAACCCUCUCCCAUCUUCAACUUCCACUCUAAAACCAGAGUGAUCUGCCUAAAACCUCACUUAACCUCUUAAGAGGCUCCCUGGGACUACAUGGGGAAACAAACAGGCACUUUCCCUUAGCCUUCAAGGCUUUUCUGGUUUGCCCCUUGCUGUUUGUCCUCAUCUAGCUCCUAUUGUUCUUUCAGAGACCCUCCAGCCAGAACUGUCAUCAUGCCUGACCUCAUUGCACAUUUGGGGAGACCAAGGUCCUGAAAGAAAGUGAGAGCUGCUUAAAGUUACCCUCUGUGAUUUAGGACUGAGCCAGGCCUGCAGCCCAGACCCAUCCCCUACCCUUCAGCCCCCAGGCAAGUGUCUGACCUGACCGCUGGCCCAACCUUUGCACCCAGUUUUCAAGCUGGGAGAUUUUACUUGCUUAUUCACUUCUCAGGGGAAUAAAUCAGCAGAGACUGUUGCUAAGCAACCACUACAGUUUUCUUGGGACAAAAAGAUGAAUUGAGUGGGGUUUGGGCAGUUCCAGACAUCUCUGCACUCCUCAGCUUCCUCAGAUCCAGAUGUUGCCAAGGAAACCCAGAGAGCCUAGCUUUCUGGAAUAAAGUGACAGAAAUAAGAGAACCAGCAGCUCCUCUAGCAGGAAGAGACAGGCCCGGUGCUGAAAGUUCAGUGUCCUGAUUUGACAGUUCCCUGGAUGUUUUUGAAGUAUCACUGUGUGCUUAGGUGCUUGGUGGGAGGACAGAGGGAGAGGGAAGAAAACACCAGGUUAAAACUCAAAGGUUUACACAGACUCUCAGUGCAUUAAUUAGUUUGAACCAUAUAAAACUGUCCAUUUUCAAUAGUUUUUUACUUAAAAAUGGUGUGUUCAUAUGUGCCCAUGUAAUAGAACAAUACAAGACAGAAGGCACCUCAAAAGUGCCUCUACUUCUGGGUGGUGCCUGUGGCUCAAGGAGGAGGGCACUGGCCCCAUAUACUGGAGGUGUCAGGUUCAAGCCAACCCUGGCCAAAAACUGCCAAAAAAAAAAAGUGCCUUUACUUCUAACCAAAUAACUUAAAAGUCUAGCUGGAUAGGUGUAUAAGUACUAUGCUUCAGGAAUCUGAGAAAAGUAGUUUUACUAAUUAAAAUUCUAAUUAAUUUGGAAAUGGCCUAAAGCUGAAUUGUGAUUGAUAGAGGACAUUCCUGACAGGGGAGUUAGUACACAUCCAUUCCUGAACACCAAGACCUGUUCCCAGACCCACUGCUGCAGGAGCCAAGUAAGAACAGCUCUUACUGUUCUGUAGGGUAUUGUUCUAAUGCUUUAUAGUUAAAUUCAUUUGAUCCUCACCUUGGCAGAAAGUUAUCCCAGUUCUACGCAGGGCAAAAUGGAGGCCCAGAAUGAGUCACUUGCUCAAGGUCACACAGCUAGUGGUGAAGCUGGGGUCUGGGCCCAGGCUGUGAGCUCCAGGUUUGUGUUUAUAUCCACUAGGCCCUACUGCUCAGGGUGAAUGCAGCUGGUCUCUGGCCAGCGCUUGGUCACUCCAGUUCCAGUCCCCUCUCAUUGAGUUACUGCCUGUGAUGCUUUGCUUUUGCCUGGUUAUUUUGUGAGACUUGACUGUACCUUUGGAUUACCAGAGAUGAGGCCUUACACCCAGAGGGGGACUUGUUUUGGGAGUUUGGGAUUCACAUACCAAGAGACAAGAACUGGACUAUAAAGGCUGAGGACUGGCUCUGUGCCAAGGCCUGGGCUAGCUGGAAAACUGCAGUCUCAGUCCAUAAUCAAUUGUGUGACCUCAGGCUAGUCACUUUUUACUUGUCAUUGUCAUCUGUAAAAUGGGGGUAAUGACACUAUUAGUGCUCUGAGGCUCAAAUGAGUUAAGGUUAGGAACAUGCCUUAAAACCCGUAAUGUUGUAUCUUGCCAGGUUUGUUAGCAUCCCCUGUGGAGUUCAAAUAUUCCCAGCACAGGAAUGAGGUUUCUUUGGGGUCUGUGUCUAUAAUGGUACCGUCAACUUACCUUAUUCUCUUACAGAUUUGAAUUUGCAGACAAUUUGUUACUGACAUGGCAAUUGCUGCAGAUAUUUUUAAAUGACAGCUAUUUUCUAAUAUGUGGUUUAAUAAAACAUGAAUAUUGUCCCUUUUAACCAUGCUGUUCUACAUUGGGAGUUCACAUUGCUUCAUUUAAGUACUUAACAUCCAGGCCUGCUC